UGCUUUUUCAACUUGGUUGAUUGAUUCCAAAUUUGGCUUUCUUCUCGCGAGCCGCAACCCUCGCCCCUUCCCCAUCUCCUCCCCCACCCCGCUGAUUGUCGUUGUUGCGGAUUCUUUUCUUGCGUACGCGAAUUCCCUGCCGGCUGCCGUUUCGGCGAUUCUCCUCGCAUCCGCUUUCUCUGCGGUUGGCGCCGAGGGAGAGAGGAUGAGCUUCCAGGAUCUGGAAGUGGGGCGGGGUCUUACCAGCGGGCGGCAGGAUCAGACGCAAGCAGUCGCUGCGGGGCUGUUCCAGAUUACCACGACCGUUCGCAACUUCGAGCGCCUGGUCAACACGAUCGGCACAGCCAAGGAUACCCUCGAGCUCCGAAACAAGCUGCACAAUACUAGGCUACAAAUUGGGCAGUUAGUUAAAGAUACUUCUGUCAAACUUAAACAAGCUAGUGAAACAGAUCACCAUGUUGAAGUCAGUGCAAGCAAAAAAAUUGCCGACGCAAAACUUGCAAAGGAUUUCCAAAAUAUUUUGAAAGAGUUCCAGAAACUUCAGAACUUCGCAGCUGAGAGGGAAACUGCAUUUGCCCCAUUCGAUCCACCAGCCACUGUUCCUUCAAGUUAUGCUGCAACUGAAGCGGACUUUGGUUCCACCAAGACUUUUGAUCAACGUGCUCUUCUUGCAGAGUCUAGAAGGCAACAGGUACUUUUAUUGGAUAAUGAAAUUGUUUUUAAUGAGGCAAUCAUUGAGGAAAGAGAACAGGGUAUUCAAGAGAUUCAGCAGCAAAUUGGUCAGGUGAAUGAAAUCUUCAAGGACCUUGCUGUGCUGGUUAAUGAUCAAGGAAUUGUAAUUGAUGACAUCAACUCCCACAUCGAGAACUCUCACUCAGCAACUUUACAAGCAAAGUCACAGCUCAAAAAGGCAGCAAAAUCCCAAAAGUCAAACUCUUCCUUGAUGUGCCUGCUUUUGGUGAUAUUUGGAAUCAUCCUACUUAUUGUCAUCAUUGUCAUUGCAGCGUAAUGAGAGGCCGUAAUGUAUUUAAUCUUUUUCAGUCAUCCUGUUUAAUGAGUAAUGGCAGGUCUAAAUUCAUUUUACUAUUAACUGUUAAGCUGCAGCGGUAGCAAGAGUUUAUGGUGUUAUUUGAAGUGAAUACGUGGUGUUCUAUCAAGUCAAAGCUGUCACUCUAAUCAUUCGUGUCCUCGAUAAAACAAUGAUUUUGUUCGUUUUAACUGUUAAUGAGAAUCAGGUCGUUGUAAA